AUGGCGUUUGAUUUCUUAGGUUUGGGUCCCAGUUGCCUCCAGAUUCAAGACAUACCGGCUCCAAGCAGCGUCAAUGAUCGGGAACAGAUGGCGCAGACUUGUUUUGUGGCCUUUGUCACUGCUAGGAAUCUACAGGAAGAUACUCUGUAUCUUCCGAAAGGUUUCACAAGCUCAGUUGGUCUUAAUAGAGAAUGCCGCAAGAUUGUUGUAAACCAUGGAGAGAGAAGAUCAUGGACAUUUGAUCUCAUGUUUAACAUAUAUACGGAUAUUUUUCACAUGAGCCCAGGUUGGAAAGCUUUCUGUGAGGAAAACGGCAAAAGGGCAGGAGACUCCUUUACCUUCACACUAGUGGAAAACGGGGAAACUCUUUUGCUCAGUUUCGGCCCCACAGAACCUGUGAAUGAUGGAGCACAAGGAGAUAGUAACAUGAAAGAUAAGCCUAUGGAGUUGGAGAGAGAGAACAAAUAUCAGUUCAUGACAUUGAAGGUUGUACCUGACAGCCUCAACCGUAAUAGACAGUAUCUCAAAGCAAUGGUCAUGAAAAAAAAUGGGAUAAAGGGUCCUACGAAAAUCAUUCUGGUGGGGAAAGAUGGUAGCAAGUGCUGGGCUAGCCUUCGAGCGCCACACAGAGGAAGAAUGUGUUUGGGCAAGGGCUGGAAGCCGUUUGCAAUAGCAAAUGGUUUGAAGACUGGUGACUUUUUCACGUUCGAGUUAGUGUGGGAAGACAAAACUCCUAUGCUAAGUUUGUUCAAGGGAGCCAGGAAACGUGUAGUGGAGAGGGGAGAAUCAUCUUCUUCCACAAAGAAGAAGAAGAAGAAUAGACUCGUGAGUUUAAAACUCACGUAUGAGGAUGUGAAAGAGUGCAAACUAGUUCUUCCAUAUCAAUUCACGAGUGCCAAUGGCAUCAAAGAGUCCGGGAAGAUAAUAUUUGUAGGUAGAAACAACCUGGAGUGGCCUGCGUAUAAGUUAAGCAAAGGACUGGUGGCUGUGGGAUAUGGUUGGCAGAAUUUUUGUGAGUUUAAUGGGGUGAAGAUAGGAGAUUCUUUCCUUUUGGAAGCCACCGAUGCACAAGACACGCUUAAGUUUUGUGCACAAGUCCUCUAA